AUGUAUCCUCCAACCGUGAACUCGUCUUGCUAUGGCACCAUCAACAACAACACCAAUGGCCCUCACAAUACCACCAUCCUCAACAACUCUGAAAUCGAACCGCUGCUACACCCAAGCGACCAGAUGCCAACAGGCACCAGGACCCCCGACCUGCCAGGCUUUCCCAAAGUCUCACUAGGGACGGCCCCCCCGUCAUCGCGAUGGCGCCGCCACCUGACCACCGACAUCGAUCGCAGCUACGCCGACGUGAUUCUCAUAAUCUGCUACCUAAUCACGGGCCUGCUGGACUCCUCCUCCAUCUCCAUUUGGGGCUCCUUCGUCUCCAUGCAAACCGGCAACACAGUCUAUGCCGGUCUCGGCCUGGCUGCUCCUAACGAAUCCGCACGCUUGAUCAAAUCCGUCACUUCCCUUGCUGCCUUUUGCCUUGGCUCGUUCUUGUUUAGUCGGUUCCACCGCCUCUGGGCCCCAAAACGCCGGUGGGUGCUCUGCGUGUCGUUCACGGCACAGUCUGCAUUUACCAUGGCGGCGGCGGCGGUUGUUACCAUGACGGGCAAGCCGCACUAUAGCGAGGAUGUUGAGUGGCAUGUUUUGCUCCCGAUUGCGCUGUUGGCGUUUCAGAGCGGCGGGCAGGCCGUGACGAGUAGAGUGUUGAGAUACAAUGCGCUGACGAGCGUGGUAUUGACGAGUAUUUACUGCGAUUUGUUUUCGGACGCGGACCUGUUCAAAUUGCAUAAUCGCGAGAGGAACCAAAGGGUGGGCGCGCCCGUGUUUCUGUUCUUGGGGGCGCUUUUUGGAGGCUUUUUUGCACAUACGGCGUUUGGCGUCGCGGGCGCUUUAUGGAUGGCGUCGGGAUUGAAGUUGGUGGUUGUCGUGCUUUGGUUGGUUUGGCCUGCUAAGCCGAAGCCGGUGGUUGAAUAUCCUGAUGCACUGGAGACAGCUUGA